CGGCGACGGCGAGCACAUCUAGACCUAGACCUAGCUAGACAUAGACGCUAGACCUCGGCGUUGGGUCUCAUAGAGCGCACUGACCAGGGGUAGUCGCGACGAUCGCCCGCACGCCAAGACCCGUUCUCUAUCUCCAUCUCAUCUCACUCCACCCACUCCACACCCUCACGCCAUGCCCGACCUCGACGCGAUCCUCCAGACGGCGUGGUCGUCCACCUCGGCGGCCAUCUCCGUCGUCCUCGUCCUCACGUACGGCUUUAUCGCGCGCAAGAAGGGCCUUAUCAACGACGAGGGCGAGCGCAACAUUGGCAAGCUGUGCACGACCAUCUUUCUGCCGUGUUUGCUCUUCUCUGAAGUGGGGCCCUUGGCAUCAUGGGAUAACUUGCGCGAAUACUGGAUGAUCAUCGCGUACGCCGUCUUCUUCCAGCUCGUGUCGUGGGGCUUUGGUGUGCUCGGAGUCCGCCUGCUGCGCCUCCCGCACUGGGUCGUCCCGUGCAUGGUGUUCAACAACGCAACGAAGGCGGGCACGAUCGAGGGCCUCCUCGUCGAGGGGGACACGACCAAGAAGGCCCUGUCCCGCGGCAUCGUCUACGUGCUCAUCUACUCGCUCGUCGCCAACCUCGCACGGUUCGGCUUCGGGCCCCACAUGCUCAAGGACGUCAAGGCCAAGGAGGAGAUCCACGCGUGGACGCACCACGAGACGCCGCACCAGCACCACGCGCCAAAGGACGAGGAGGACGAGGAGGACGCCGUCGUCGAUGUUCUUACCACCGCUGAGGCCCAGCCGUCGACCAGCUCCGAGGCGACCCCGCUGCUCGGCGAAGGGCCCGCGCCCAAGCCGCGCUGGACGAAGCGUCUCAAGCGCAACGUCAAGGAGAUCAUGAACCCGCCGCUCGCGGGCGGGCUGACGGCCGCGUUCUUCGGCGUCGUGCCCUUCCUCCACAAGUGGUUCUUCACCGAUGACUCGCUGCUCGCGCCCCUCACAAUGUCGUUCCAUAACCUCGGCCAGCUGUACGCCGUCCUCCAGAUGUUCGUGCUCGGCGCGCACCUCCAGUCAAAGGGCUACGCGCGGCCGCAGUACCUCGCCCUCGUGUACCUCUUCGCAUUCCGCUUCGCCAUCAUGCCGCUCAUCUCGAGCAGCAUGGUCGCGUACGUGCGCAACCACACGACCGUGCUGCUCGACCCGAUCUUUGACUUUGUCAUGAUCAUCGCGCCGGUCGGCCCGCCCGCGCUCACCCUCGCUGCGAUUGUCGAGAUGGCCGCCCCGGGCCAGGCGACCAUCACGGCUGUGGCUACAACCGUCGUCGUCUCGUACGGCCUCGCGCCGUUCGUCUCGGUCGGCGUUACACUUGCACUGUACGUCGUCGAGGGGCUCAAUUACAAGUAGGCAAAGAGAGGGU